GGAGUUCAAUAUGUUGUCCUGAAUGGUAACUGCAAUACAACAAGAUUGGCAGGAAAAGAAUUUAAGCGCGCCUGUGUACCUAGUGAGGGCAGAAAGGUGAGUGACUCACACCUUGGGACAUCUACCGACUCUCUGGAUGUCAGUACCUAUGAGAUCCCGCUAAAGAAGGUCCGAGGGAGAUCUUUCUUCAUGGUUUCUAACCAACUUUGCAUUCCCAUAGGUGACACAGUUCAAGGGGGUACAGAAAAAGGAGGUUUCAUGGCCAGCAUUGGGUACACAGGAAUUGAACCUGGGAUAGAUGAUCCCAGAGUUUUCGACAAACCAAGAGAAUGCAGAGAUAAAAUUGAAGAGGGGGAGAUUGAUCUCUUUGAAAAGUUUGGAAUGCUUAACCACAAAAUGUCCAGUCUGUUUAGAAAAAUACUGAAGUAUAGCUAA